AUGAUUUUGCAUUGCCAGUUUCCGGUGAUUGCCAAACAUCUCCAUAACUGUGUGUAAACAAAACAGUUCUCUCCCCUUUCAGCUCAGCCAUGCAAAGCAGUGUGCUUACAGUGAAGCAAAAACACAAAGCCCCAUAGUAAAACACACACAGCACACAGUUAACCCUUUAAUUGCCCUUCAUGUUAACCCCUUCCUGCCCAGUGCCAUUAGUACAGUGUCAGUGCUUUUUAUUAGCACUGAUCACUGUAUUGGUGUCACUGGGGAUGUCAGUGACACCCAAUCAGUUCCUCCCAGUGUCAGAAUACCCGCCUUAGUCCUGCUAUAA